AGAAUGUUUUUUCAGGACGGGAUUCCGUGCUGCCACGUGUUUUGUGUGCGACAUUGAUGUUCCGCCGACUGGAAACACAUUACUGCAGCGGUUUGAGUUUUGGCCAGAGCACAGACUUUAAAAGUCUUUUAGCUGGAUAAAAAUGUCGGACGCUUUGCUGCGGUGGUGUGCGGACCAGUUACACCUCAAGUUCGGGUUGGAGGCAUGUGAAGACAUCGUCAAAUACAUUCUAUCCAUCGAAACAGCUGAAGAGAUUGAGGAGUACGUGGGAGACCUCCUGCAGGGCACGGAUGGGAGAAAAAGGCAGUUUAUAGAUGAGCUCCUCAGUAGAUGGAAGAAGACUCAAAGACAGGCCACAGAUACCACGGGUCUUUUCCUUCUCAAAGAAUCUGUUUCAUCAGCAGAUUCACAAGACCUGACUAAAGAUACCCAGAAAAAGUCUAAACGCAAGGGCCGUAACAAACAGGAGGUGAUGUCUGUGAGCCAAACAGAACCUGAGCCAGAGGCUGUCAAAACCCCCAUUGAUUUGAUGAGGGCCCAAGAAAACAGUAGUACUUCUUCAACAAAGAAAAAAAGUAAGUUUAUCAGUCUCUAUGCUCAAGAGGGACAGGACAGGCUUGCUGUCUUACUCCCUGGUCGACAUGCCUGUGAGUGCCUUGCGCAAAAGCACAAACUUAUCAACAACUGCAUCAGCUGUGGUCGCAUUGUGUGUGAGCAGGAGGGCUCAGGACCCUGCCUCUUCUGUGGAAGCCUGGUCUGCACAACGGAGGAGCAGGAGAUCCUGCAACGAGACUCCAACAAAAGCCAGAAACUAAGAAAGAAGCUCAUGGGAGACUGUGGAGAAAGAGAUUACCUCCCACACCAAGAGGUCAAGAUGAAGGCUGGCUUGGAGAAAGCUGUCCAGCACAAAGACAAACUGCUGGAAUAUGACAGGAAUAGUGUCAGGAGAACACAAGUUCUAGAUGAUGAGUCAGAUUAUUUUGCCACCGAAUCCAAUCAGUGGUUGUCACCCGGUGAGCGAGAGAAGGUAAGGAAGAAGGAAGAGGAGCUCAGAGAACUUCGCCACGCCUCUCGCAAGGACAGGAAGGUCACGUUGGACUUUGCUGGUAGACAGGUGAUUGAUGAAGGAAACAACCUCAACGAGUACUACAACAAGCUGGAUGAGACCCUCAAGGCUAUGAACAGUGACACUAAUUCAAAAUCACCAAUGAAUUCUGAAAGACAAGGUGGAAGGCAGAGCCUCAGAGAGCUGGUCAACCCCAACAUAAUGCAGUCUCCACCAGAGUGGGUAAAUGUUGGAGGCAGCGAUAACUACAAGAGAAACACGGAGCACGGAAAGCGUUUGGCAGAAGACAAGGGAGCAGAAGAACGCAACAGGUUGCGGCUCCAAGACAAAGAGCUGCAAGAGAUGUCUGACGGAGGCUGGUGCCUCAGCAUGCACCAGCCCUGGGCCUCACUACUGGUCAAAGGCAUCAAGAGGGUAGAGGGGCGAACUUGGUACACGUCACAUAGAGGUCGUCUUUGGAUUGCUGCUGCAGCCAAGAAGCCAACCCCUCAGGAGAUUGCUGAGGUGGAAGCCAUGUACCGCCACAUCUACAGGAAAGAGCCAAUGUUUCCUAAAGAAUACCCCACUGGCUGCCUGUUGGGCUGCGUCAACAUGACUGACUGCCUAUCUCAGGAGCAGUUCAGAGAACAGGUAUUUGGAACAAAACAGGCCAAAAAGGGUGAUUUAUUUUUGGUUGGCUUGGCAGACUGUUGCUGUUUUAUGACGAGUGCUGGAACUCCUACAAUUCCCAUCCUCCUCCUCCUCCUCCUCUUAGCUUUUUCCGACCUUCCUGCCCUUGGAGACUUUGCUGAAAUGCAAUUUCAGCCUGUGGUGCACGACAAAAAAAAAGCACCGAACUUAUAUAAAAGUGAAUACCAGAUUUUGUCUGUCAUCAUGUAUUGGAAUUACAGUUCAGUUCUGAGGUAUUUCGACCUCUUGAUGAGUGCAUUUUGAUUUUAUAGACAUCUAGAGGCUUAUUUCAUCCUUGACUACACACUAUGGGACAGACAGUCGAACAAUGUUUUUUUUCAACAACUUAAUUUUUUUCCAGACGGAAAACACUCUUGUUUAAAUAAUA